CCCUGGAGGAGUUAAGCAGGGGCGAUGCCAACCCUGCAGACUGUUUGGAAUAGUUUAAAUGCUUUGACACUCUGGAUGUACUAGAUGGCAGGGGAGGCAGUUUACUGGGUAAUUCAUAUGCAAAACUGCACUAUAAAUUUAAAGCCUGUCUCAGUUGCCGUGGCACCACUAAGCAUUUCAUCAGCGUACAGUACAGUAUUUCUGCCAUCUUUGUUUGCAUUGCAGUGAGUCAUCAAAAGUCUGUCUUGUACCAACACUCGGAGCCGUGCAUUCCUCUGGCUCUGAGAUUUCGCUGUUUUUAAAGCUUCAGUUUGAAGUUGGCAUUUACUCCGGGUCCCUAAUCAAAGACGGCUAUUCAUUCCCCAGAGCAGCCUGAAUGUUCAUCUGCAUCCGGCCUGUUCAUUUAGAUGCCGUUCGCUGCCUGGGAGAUUGGACUGGCUAAUAUAGCCUCAGCUCCAGUAGAUACAAACGGAGGGCUGGAGACUUCCCCCCCUCUCCCCCUGCUGCCCCUCCACCCUGAGUGCACGCUUUCCUCCGUUUGCUGCAGUUCCCGUAGAGGCACAAGUCACUUAGCCAGCCUUUGGCGGUGACAACCUACAGUCCCGCGCUAUCCUAAGAUGUGCCCUUCUUUGGAACCAGCUGUGUUGAAUGUCUAAGGUGUCCUGGCUCCUUGCCCAGUCAUGUCCCAGAUGUUGCACAUAGAGAUCCCCAAUUUUGGGAACACUGUCCUGGGUUGCCUGAAUGAACAGCGCCUGCUGGGGCUCUACUGUGAUGUCUCCAUUGUCGUCAAAGGGCAAGCCUUCAAGGCUCACCGUGCGGUCCUGGCGGCCAGCAGCCUUUAUUUCCGGGACUUGUUCAGUGGAAACAGCAAGAGCGCCUUUGAGCUGCCCGGCACAGUGCCCCCUGCCUGCUUCCAGCAGAUCCUCUCCUUCUGCUACACCGGGAAGCUCAGGAUGGCAGCCAGCGAGCAGCUCGUGGUGAUGUACACGGCCGGCUUCCUGCAGAUCCAGCACAUUGUGGAGCGGGGCACAGACUUGAUGUUCAAGGUGAGCUCGCCCCACUGUGACUCACAGACCGCCAUGAUCGAGGACACCAGCUCGGAGCCCCAGAGCCCCUGCAACCAGCUGCAGCCCGGCCCUGCACCCUAUGUCAUGUCCCCCUCUGUGCCCAUCCCGCUUCUCACCCGUGUGAAGCAUGAGAACCUGGAGCUCCAGCCGGCAGCGGGCCCAGGCCUGUCUGCCAAGCGGCCCCUGGAAGCUGGGGCCCGGGAUGGCUCGGGGGGCGGCGGGGCGGCAGUGGGCGGGGCGGCUCCUCUGAAGCUGUCUCGAGUCUCGUACUAUGGGAUGCCCAGCCUGGCCACUCUCAUCCCCAACAUCCAGCAGGUACAGUACUCGCAGGGUGAGAGGACCAGCCCCGGGGCCAGCAGCCUCCCCACCACAGACAGCCCCACCUCCUACCAUAAUGAAGAAGACGAGGAGGACGACGAGGCGUACGACACCAUGGUGGAGGAGCAGUACGGCCAGAUGUACAUCAAGUCCACAGGCAGCUACUCAGUGCAAGAGAAACCAGAGCAGAUUCCUCUGGAGAGCCGCUCUUGUGUCCUGAUCCGAAGAGACCUGGUAGCCCUUCCUGCAAGCCUCAUUAGCCAAAUCGGUUAUCGCUGCCACCCUAAGCUCUAUUCAGAGGGUGACCCUGGUGAGAAACUGGAGCUUGUUGCAGGCUCUGGAGUCUACAUUACACGGGGCCAGUUGAUGAACUGUCACCUCUGUGCCGGUGUGAAACACAAAGUCUUACUGAGAAGACUCCUUGCUACUUUCUUUGAUCGGAAUACUCUAGCCAACAGUUGUGGGACUGGAAUCCGGUCUUCCACUAGUGAUCCUAGCCGGAAACCUUUGGACAGCAGGGUCCUUAAUGCCGUGAAAUUAUAUUGUCAGAAUUUUGCCCCAAGCUUUAAGGAGAGUGAAAUGAAUGUUAUAGCUGCAGACAUGUGCACCAAUGCUCGUCGAGUUCGCAAACGCUGGCUACCCAAGAUCAAGUCCAUGCUGCCCGAGGGGAUGGAGAUGUAUCGAACCGUCAUGGGCUCCACGACUGCAAGUGUGCCCCUUGAGCCCGAGUUCCAGGCCACAACAGCCCAAGUAUUUGAGCAGAGAAUCUACGCAGAGCGGAGGAAUGAUGCCGCCACCAUUGUGGCUCUGAGAACUAACACAGUCAACGUAGACCUGAGCAGUGCUUCCAACCCACCGUUCGAGCCAAGCGAAGAGGCCGAUGGUGCUGGCUCGGUCAUCCAGGAGGUGGCUGGGCCAGAGCCCCUGCCCUCAGAUAGCCAAAGCACUCCCCAGUCUUUUGAACAAGGUCCUGCCAGCACCAGCAGGCCGGAGACACCAGUGAGAAGACAAGAUGGUACUUAUGGAGGGACUUUGUAAAGAUACCUAAAGAAAAGGAAAAAAAAAAAUCUGUGACUUAUAAGGGAUCUAAAUACUAAAGCUGCUUGCAUGCAUACUAAUACAAAAAAAAAAAUGUGAUCAAGCCACUUACCUACUGAACUGCUACUGUUGCCUGAAAAAAAUGUGAUUUUUAUUCUGCUUGUAUUUAAAAUUUAUGAAGGAAAUAAUCGCAUUCGUUAUACUGUAAAUGAUUAGGUCAGUGAUGGCCUAUUUAAAAGAGAGUUCCCGGGCUCUAUAUUUUUUUUUUUUUUUUUUUGAUACUCCUGAGGUUAGACUCUAAACUUGCAGAUUUUCUCCCCCCCCUUCCUUACAAGGGGAUGGGGUGAAGGAGGACUGAGACAUCCCCUCCCAUGGUUCCUGCACCCAGGUCCUUUCCAUCCCUUUCUUCCCAGCAUAGAACUAAAGCCAUUGUUAAUUCCUCCUUGCUCUAUAGAAGGUUGUGACACAACUGAGGAGGCAUACGUUUUGGGUGGUCAGAGAAUGUCUGGCAGUUCAAAGACCCACAGGACUUGGCAGGUGGUUGACUGGAGGCGCUUCAUUUAACACUCCAUUCCUAACUAAUAGUGGCCCUCAUCUUGAGGGUCUUUGAGUGCUUUAGCUGGGGAUGGAUGUUGGGGUUGGGAAGGCUGGGGGGCAGGCAGAGAACUUUCCCCAGGAAGUCUUCCUAAGUCCCCUCCCUGCCCCCAUUCCCGUCCCCCAUCCCCCAAAUGAGAUUCUCUUUCAGUGUCAGCAUUAGCCAUGGUUCCAUAUUUGUGUUUCUCAUGCAUGUGCUUUUGGGGGGGGGGGGGGGGCGCAACAGCAGGGUAUAGGGGGUGGUGGUGGGUAUUAUUGGUAUUCGCUUAUUUGGACAUGUUGGUUGGUACUGAUUUGGUGUAUGUGAAUAUGUGGAGACUUCUUAUUGGUCCCCUCCCUAUUGGAUCCCUAUUUCUCUUCCUACUGAAUGAGGUACCACUCAAUAGAGCCCUCAGUGAGUUAGUCUUCUGAGUUGGUUCUUACAACUCCUUCCCCCUUCUCCCUCCCUCAUCUCCUCCCCUUCCCCCUGAAAACAAAAAACAAAACAAAAAACCUGUGCAUUCUUUCUCUUCUCAUCCCUCAACAUGAAGCCCCAUUUUCAUGAAUCUGAGGGACCAUUUGCUUGGUGGUGGUCACCCCAGAGGACUUGGGGGAGCCAUGAUGAGUAUAGGAGCUACCUGAGUGGUAGAAAUGGUCAAUGGCAUGGCCCUUCUUACAUUCCACUUUGAGCUCCCAUGAUCUCUUUAAGUAAGAGUGAGUUUAAUUUGAAGAGAUGGACUCCAGAGAAUCUGCUUCCUCCAAUAGGAGGAAGUAAGAAAGAACAGGCAUCAAAAGGGAAUAGUCCAUCUCUUACUUUUCUUUUUCAUGUGGAAUUGUUUUGUGACUGUCCUGGAAGUGUUUGAAUUAUGUAAGAACUCAUGCUCUGUGAUAAAAAGGAAAACUUCACUUCCCAAUUUCUUUGUCUUCCAUUCUCCCACCCUUAAAUAGACCAAAUUUUUGGGAAUGAAGCUUACUUAGCCUUGUUUGUUGUCCAUUGUUGACCAUUGGCUUUGAGAGGCAGAAAGCUUUUUCCAGUGUAUCAGUUGUUGCUGAUAGCCAGACCACAUGGCUUCCUAUGACCUCUGCAGCAGGAAGAAGUUGAGAGAGGCAGGGACUGGGUUGGGAAAGUCAGGGAAAGGGCCAGAAUUAGGGAGAGGAAAAAUGUGUGUCUGACAUUUUUCUUAUCCAAUGGUAAAUCCUUGUCUCCCAUAUCUUUUUGAAGAGGGCUUCCAUUGCUAGUACUCUCACUAGAGGGCAGUUGCCUUGCCCUCUACUGGGACUGUUUGGCCAGGAAACAAGAUAAUCCUUUGCCUGUGUAGAUUCCCAGCUCAGGGGAUCUGGAAUGUGUGUAGGUGCUUGUGGAAGUAGUGACAGUGAGAUGGGGCUAGUGCUCUGUGGAGAGAUCCAUGAGUCCUCGUGGGUAGGGGAGAACAGAGUCCCCCAAUCUCUUCUCUCUUUUUUUCUCUUCUCCCCCCUCCCCGCCCCCCACCACUUCUUGGUGCACUUUCUCCUCUCUUCUCUCCCCCUCCCCCUUUUUUUUUUCCCCCUCCCUUACUCCCUCCCACCACUACUAUGGAUCCUAAAGCCAUAGCAUGGUUUUGACUGAAUCCAAUGCUCAAUAUGUGCCAAUAUUUUCUCUCCAUCAUAAUUACUGCCUUGAGGUUACAUUGGUGGUUAGGUGUAAGUGUAUGUCCAAUUAUGUGGGAUUCAGAAAUGGAGAUAGGAAUAUUAAGCAGAAACUGGAUUGGUGAAUGAUCAUACACUGUGUUACUUGUGUUAUAGCCAAUGGGGAUCCUAUGGUGUUUAUAAAGAAGAAAUACCAGACUGUUUCCCUGGUGUGAAAGUGGUGCUUAAUACUAGCGUUGUUGAUGCUUUUGAGAUGAAGGUGGUAAUAGGUAGAAUGUUGUGAAAAGUCAAUACAAGAGACUGUUGUUUUACUUUAAUUUUCUGAGAUUGAAAUAUGCUCUCUUAGCAAUUCAGUUUUUUAAAGCAAGGGAAAAAUAACUAGUGCAAGAUCCACACAAAUAGUCACUGGUCUGUGACCUCCUUUGUGUUUGUGGUUCACAGCACUUCAGUUUUUCUUUUUUUUGGAGGAUGCAGAAUAUUCCCUUCUUCCUUGUCCCAAUGAAAAAGAGGGUUCAGGGUGCAGCUUUCCCAUCUUGGGUCAUUGUUUAUUUAGCCAGAUAUUUGACACUUUAUCUUUCAUAGAAAAUGCUCACUUGCUUUCUUCCUGCUUGCCCCCCAAAUCUCUUCCCUACUUCAUAUCCCUUCAUAUUUAAAUAAAAACAACCCACAUACUUGGGUUUUUACUUCAUCUCCCAUCCUGGGCAGUUAUGCAUUUCCAGAGUCUUUCCAGUGGAUUCUGACAGGCUUCUUAAUGGGAAGAAGGGAAGGACAGGCUUUCAUAUUCCCGUCUUUUUUUUUUUUUUUUUUUUCAGAUUCCAACACCCCUCUAAAAAUGAACCAAACUUAGAAGAAGAGAGGGCCUUUUCAGCUCAAGAUGUCACUUUAUCUUAUUUAUUAACAUAUGAUAGCUUUUAAGCAGGAUUCACAUUAUCCUUUGAUUCUUGAACAUUAUUUCCACUCCCUACUUGCAUGGCUGAGAUCAUAAAAACAGUUUAAAUCGAUCUCAACAAAGCUGGCUUCCUUGCUUUGCCCCUACCCUCUGUAUGAAGUCUCUUAUGCCCUGCCUUCCCUUGAAUGCUCAGAAAGUCUGAAUCUUUAUUCUUUUCUAUCAUCGGUGGAGCUAUGUGGGGUAGGAAAUCGUAUGGGGUACUAUAUAAGCCAUCAUCAGACAUUGCCAUUCAGUGUCAGUGCCCCAGUCAGUGUGGUGAGUACAUGCAGGCUUCUGAGCUUCUCAGCUUACUCAUGAGUAACUCUAUGCUCAAUGCUCUAUGUUCAUCUUCUUCUCAUCAUUAGCCACUCCGGCCCUUUUAGGAGCUCAGGCUAUCCUUUUCCUUUCAGGGCCCCAGGCAUUGGGAAUAGGAAUCAUUUGAAAGAGUUCUAGAAGACUCUCCAGGCAUGGGAAAAAGUGUGACUCAGUUAUGGUUAAGUCUUGACUAGGUUGGGAAAUCAAAAUCCCCAUUCUUGUACAUGUGUAGGGAAUACAUGGUUAUUUUUGCCAAAUAUUUUUGAGGCUACUGAAAGGGAUCUGAGACUUGAAGGGGGGGAAAGAGUCUUAGGUCAUGUGAAGUGUGUAAAUAUUGGCUUAGAGAUGAGAUAGGAGUCCCUUUCCCUCUGGGUUGGACUGGCAUGUAUUUUAAGAACAGAGAAAAUGGGUUACUAUAUUUUUCCUUUCUGCCUUUAGGGUGAGAGUCUAAGGAUAAUUUCCAGUCUACAAUGUCCUAAAACUACCCAGUGUUCUUUCAUUUUUAAAAGUAAGUUAAAGCUUUCCCACUUCAUUCCUGCCACAAUGGCACUUUUAAUUUUGAGUUUUGCUUGAGAAACAUUCAGAACUGAGAGAUGUGAUAUUUAGGUGAAUGAAAAGAAUUUUAUCCAUCAAGAAACCAUCAUAAGAAAAAUCCAAGAUGGUGGUCACACCCAAGAGAGCCAAGAAUGGAUAAAGCUAUGGAGUUAUAAAUAGUGGCUGAUUUGAGCAGAAUAGGUGAAAGAUUAGUGGUUAUAUCAGAGAAGAUUGUAGGUUGCACAGAUAAAAUUGAUCUAUUUUUUUAUAUCUAGCACAACUUCCUAGUUUUUCUUUUUUCAUUUUUCUUUUUCUUUUUGUGUGUGUGGUUUUUUUUUUGGGGGGGGUGUUCUGGGUUAAGACAGAAUUUGUUACAACUUUUAAAAUGUGAAUGGGUUUUGAGCUCUCCCUUUUUCUCUGGGUCAGGGUGAGUGUUUUGCACUAAUGUUUCCUGUGUGUAGAGGAUUAAUGAUAUGUUUGAAAAUGUAUAUGGGAUGAUGAUUGUAUCCUUUGAGGAAAACCAAUCCCUGAAGAUACUGAAUGUAAAGUGAAACCGAAGCAGUCCUUGGCUUUCAUGGGGCUUUCCAGAGUGCCUUAGAAUUUUUUGGAUCAUUUUUUCCCAAGGAAAACAUAUUUUCAAAAUCAGACCAUCUUUCCCUCUCCUUUGUUUACAACACUAUCAAUUCCAGAAUCGGGGGCUGCUUUGUCAUGUGAAUAUGAAACUGCAUUUAUUUAGAUCUGCUAGAACAAAAGAGGAAAAAAAAAACCCCUCAGUAUUUAUGAUAUGUCUGCACCUUUAUUCUUACAUUUGACUAUUAGCAAUAUGCAUAUAAUAUAUCUAUAUUCUAUUAUAUACCUAAAUUAUAUCAAGCACCUUUUUGAGGAAUAAAAUUUUAAAAAAGGUAGACUGAACAGAGUUUGAGCUAAAGUUACGUGCAGUUGCCACAAUAGGCCAGACAUCUGCUCCUGUCCUAAUUGAUGUAACUUAAGGACUCAAAAAUUAGUCCCAAAAUCACUAGGGCAUUGAUAUCAGGACAUUGCUUACUUAGGCCCACCAUGUGCUGGACCCCUUUGCAAUUCUUGUUUGAACACAAGGUUGUAAAAGGGCACAGAGGGAACAGCUGGACCAGUGGUGAGCAAACACUAAAUCACAAUUGUCCAUUAAAGAUAGCAGAUACUGCUGGCUUUGUGUUGAGGUUCUCUCGGAACUUGAAUUCUCUCUAUUGUUUUCUGCCCUGUCUCUGGUGUUGCCUGAGAGGUCUGUUUGUGUUUGUUCUUUGUUUUUUUGGGGGGUGUAUGUGUGUUUUCUCCCUCUUAACUUUGGUGUAGGUUCUGUGAGAAAAAAUGGGGGGGGGGAGUGGAGGGCAAAUGGGAGUGGAAACUCUAAGCUUUGGAGACCUACUUAAUUGUAUGUAAGAUUUUGUGUGUAUGUUUAUAUGUAUGUGUGGGUGCAUGUGUGUGCUUCUGUGUCUCUUGUGAUAACAGAAGCAGGAUAGUGUUCUGGACCUCCCCUGUCUGUUCUCUUUGUCGUAUUAUGAAAAAAAUUUCCAUCUAUACCUAAUCCCCUCCCUUUUUUGUGAUUCCCUGUGUUAAUAGUGUCAAAGGCUUGGAUUGGGAUUCUCCCCUAAAAUAAUAAUAAUCUGGGUUUUGGGGUCAUAACUUAUUGAGUAUGUGUUUAUUUUUCUUUCCUAAAUUCUUUUUCAGUAUUCAUAUUUAGUGCUAUGAUGAAGGUGCUGAAUAAAAAUUCUGAGAUCGAGGAGGGUGGGGAAAGGUUAGACAAUAGUAACAGAACCUUUCUUUCCCCGUCCCUUUAAGGGUUUAGAGAACCUUAUAUGGGUAGCCUUAAUAGUUGAUUCCACUGACCCAUUGAGACCAAGUAUUUCUAAUCCUUUGGGUUGCUUAAGGAAGGCUCUUAGUCCUGGGCUUGUCAGUCCAUCCAGGGGAGUGAUAAAGGUGAACUGUGAUGGUGCUCAGGCUUUUUGACAGCCCAUUAUAUUUGGAAUUGCUUCCCUAUUUAACCCAUGUUUAAAGGACCAUAGCUUUCUAGAUAGGUUACUCUGUGAGGCCCUGCUGCCUCUCCCCAGUCAUUUUAUCGUUCGGGUUCUGUUCAGAUGGAUUAUUUUUAUGGAAAUCGCUUGCUGCAAGUGGGGAAGGGCCUAUGGUCCAUUAACCAACUGAAAACGCAGAGACAACCUCUGUUUGCUUCCACUGGCAGUAAAUCGUAAACACAGAAUUGAGAGUUCAUAGCUGUCUUGGGCUUUAACUACUGUUUCAAAAUGUCCCUGCUGUAUAAAUUUGUCAUUAUGUCAGUGAGCAAGCCCCAAAUGUGUGUAUUACCAUACCAGAGAUAUUCAGGGCUGGGUACAAGAUGUUUCUAAAAUUGAAAAGGUUUUUUUUCCUUUUUUUAAUAAAAAAGGAAAAAAUAUUAUGCAGAAAUCUAAAGCACUCAAAUUGGAAAACCUUCUCAUGUUCUGAUCAGUUGCUUCCAUUGUCAGCAUUUUGCACAUUAUUGUGAUUUUUAUGUCAAAAAAGACCAAAACUUGCAAUACUAUUUUUAGCAGACAAAAAAAAAAAAAAAAAACCUAAAGUAUAAAUGUAUAAAUAUUUUUGACUUGAAGAUUUGGAUGGCACUUGACUCAAAUAGAACAUUAAUCCUUUGGACAGAAUGUUUGGGAAAAAGAGACUUUAAAAAGUAGGUGGUUGUUUUUAAAAUUUAAAAAAAAAAAUGGAGUCUGUUUAGGGUAGUAAAGUAGUACUGUAAUUCAUGACUGUUAAAAAAAAGUUGAGUAUAAUAAAUUACUCUGGAUGGGCAAUUUCACAAUGCCACAGAGUCACAUUUCAGCCACAAAAAAAUGCUAGUUUUUUGUUUUUGUUUUUUAAGAACAGAAAAAAAAAGGUUUUGUUGUUUCUUCACAAGUAUUUAUGUGUUGUUACUCUGUAUACUUAAGACUGUUACUUUUUAGCCAUGGCUGACAUAUUAUACCAGUAACUAAAAUGACAUUGAACAGCCGACCAAGGAAACCCUGAGAGUUUGAAGUGUGCUCAUAGCUGUCUCCAUCAGAUGCAAAAUCCAUGAAGGAGGAUAUGAUCAUUAAUUGUAAAACGCUUUGUAAAAUUCACAUUUACAAAAUAAUAAAGUCGAUUCCAAUUCAAACUUC